CCGCCGGCGGUUAAAGUAGUUAGUUAAUCAACCGCCAAUUUAGCCACACAAAAACCCAGCGUUAUCUCUAUAAAUAUCGGAGCCGGCAGGAAUUUCCUCCAAAAUUAUGCGCUCUCUUCUCUUCAAAUCAAUCCUCUCUCUGCAUCCCAAGCACUGCCCAUCGUCAAUUUCACACUUCGCCAUGGCCACUGCCACCAGAGCUCGCAUCAGAGGAGUAGUCUUUGACAUGGACGGAACCCUAACGGUCCCCACCAUCGAUUUCCCGGCGAUGCACAAUGCCGUGCUCGGCGAGGACGAGUACCGGAGAAUCAAGGCCGAGAAUCCCACCGGCAUCGACAUUCUCCACCACAUCCAGAGCUGGAGCCCCGACCGGCAGCGGAAGGCUUACGAGAUCAUUGUUGAUUACGAGCGCCAGGGUUCCGACCGCCUUCAAAUUAUGCCUGGUGCGGCAGAGCUAUGUGGGUUUCUGGAUUCGAAGAAAAUCAGGUUUGGGUUCUCGAGUUACGCGUAGCCUUUUGCUGAUAAUGCUUAGCUGAGAUGCGUAAGAAGUUAGCUUCAUGGAAGCCUUAGUUGUAAUUCUUCAGGAUGGGGUUAAUCACUCGAAACUUCAAGGAAGCUGUUGAUAUUUUCCAUUCCCGAUUUGGGGUAAGUGAGUUGCUUGUUGAAAUGGGCUUUGAAUGAAUCUAGUUUGUUAUUGGUUUCUUCUAAACUGAUUGCCGGCAUGGUGAGUCUGUAUUGUAAGGCUGGAGUUCGCUGCUCUCCAGCUAGAAAACUUCCAUAAACUUACCUUCAUUAAAAAGCUUUGCUGCUUUCCUCAAGUUUGUGAGUUGUAAGGUGUGAUUGAUUGGUGUCCUGACUGGUCCUUGUGUUAAGAAACGAUUUCUGUUUGACCCUAACUUAACUGCAGUUAAUGUUUUUUCCCAUUGGAGCUGCUUCUUUCUUGGCUGUAACAAAGUAGUGCAAAUGCUCAGGGACAUUGCUUUUUCUUUUCACUUACUUAUCAAGAUUUCACUCUUUGUAAUUGGAAAAUUCCAUUACCAGCUUUUAUUUCAAACAGAGGGUGGUCUCAAUCUUGUCUGUGGUGGGUUGUUGAUGCAGAGGAGCUUUUCUCCAGCAUUGAGCCGGGAGUUCCGCCCUUGUAAACCGGACCCGGCUCCUCUACUGCAUAUAUGUUCGGAAUGGGGUGUCCAGCCUGACGAGGUCAUCAUGAUUGGCGACAGCCUUCAAGAUGAUGUGGUUUGUGGGAAACGUGCUGGGGCAUUCACAUGUUUGCUCGAUGAAGAAGGCAUGUACAGCGCUGCUGACAUUGCAGAGGUGAAUCUCGAACCAGACUUCAAAGUGGCAUCCCUAACUGAAGUUCAAUCAAUUUUGGAGUCAAAGUUCAAUCUGCUGCCUUGACUUGAUUAUCUGCUCCUGGUUUUAAAGGGAUAGAUAUCACUUCCUUGUGGAGUUCCUGUAUUAUGUCUGAUGUUUGUCGAUCCACAGCAAGGAAAGAGGAAUGUUUUGUUUUGUGCGUUCUUUAAAUCUGUAAUUGUCAAUAGAUGCUUGUUUCCAUUUUCCAGGCCAAGAUGAAAAAAGAGUUCCUGUAUUAUAUCUGAUGUUUGUCGAUCCACAGCAAGGAAAGAGGAAUGUUGGUUUUCUGCCAACUGUAAAUCUGCAUCUGUUAAUAGAUGCUUGUUUCCAUUUUCCAGACCAAAGUGAAAAAA